AUGGUAUUAGAAAAUCUCAACUUAGAAUGCAAACAAGGUGAAAUGACAGUUUUAGUAGGCGGAUCUGGAUCAGGAAAGUCCACAUUAAUCUCAUUAUUGGAGAGAUUCUAUGCGCCAUUAUCCGGUAGAAUUUUGUUAAAUAAUAGAGAUAUAACAACAUUUAAUCUUCGCUGUUUACGUUCAAAAAUAUCAUUAGUUGAACAAGAACCAAUUCUUUUUAAUACGACUAUUCGAGAAAAUAUUGCAUAUGGAAUCGAGGAGGAUCAACGAACAGUAACAGAUAAAGAAAGUAGGGAUGCUGCUAGGAUAGCAAAUAUUGAUAUUUCAAAAUUUUCUGAGGGAUACAACACACCCUGCAAUCAGUUGUCUACUGGAGAAAAACAAAGAGUUGCGUGUGCUCGUGCGAUCAUUCGUCGUCCUCAAAUUCUGUUGUUAGAUGAACCGACAGCAGCACUCGAUUCACUUUCGGCAGAGACUGUACACAAUUUCAUAAGGGAACAAUCUAAAUCAGGACAAACCUGUCUACAUAUUACUCAUCGUCUAUCAACAAUACAGAACGAUAGUUCAGUUCAAAUAGCUGUGGUCGAUUAUGGUCAAAUUUGUGAACAAGGUACAUAUACUGAACUGAGGGAGAAACAAGGAAUAUUUUAUCGAUUAUCAACAACAGAAGAGAAAUCAGGUGAUAAUACAAAGUUCUAG